UUCAGAAAACCCACGCUCUCUCAAACACUGUACUACAUCACGACCUUUCAGAAGAAAACCCUUUCUCACAUCUAUGAAGCACAUCUCCCUCGCGCCGUCCACCGAACUUGCCUUGAUCGCCAUCUCCGUCGAGCCGUUCAGGUCACCGAUCUUGCCGCGUUCGUCAUCUCCCUCGCGCUGCCCAUGGAACCUACCCUUCCUCAUCGCGAUCAUUUUUAAGCCCCCAUCUGGAUUCCCAUCUUCCAAUUCAUAAGCUUUAGAUUAGAUCUUCUUCCUCGUGGACCAGAAAGCGAGGAUCUUUUGAAUCCUUCAGUUCCCAUGGAUCUCAGACUCUCCGGGAUUCUCAUGGGGCAGGGCAGAGGAACAGAGAAGAUAAAUUUAAUAGAUCCAUGGUUGAGAAAAUUUCCGUUCGAAGCUCCCCAAAGCCGAACAUCGAUGCAACUUCUGUUCAACAGGUUUCUUGGGAAGCUUUCUCAAGGGUUUGGAGGAGCAAUUCUCAUACCUGGAUUUUGUUCACCAAAAGCACUUAAGCCAUUGCUUCCAGUGUUUCUAUCAGAGCUGGAGGACUUGCUAUGGUUCGAAGACAUCUCCAAUUGAGUUAUAAUCUACAUUAUUUUAUUUUCACAAUUACUUUCUAUUUCUUGUUGUUUCCAUUUUUUCUGACACAUUAUACGCUUUAAGCCUCGACUCUUAUGCCCUGCUUUACUUGCACCUCUAACUUUCUGAUUAAGUCAGUUGCUACUUUUAUCCAUCAACCAAUCUUGUAUUGGCUUUACAUAUAUUCUGUCCAAUAGUUCCUGUCGAGCUUCAUUUGCAAGUACUAGUGGUUUCUGAAUCUAAGCGAGUUUUAUCAAACUUUCUUUCUUCCUAUUCCACAGGCAGAUGGAUUUGCUGCCGUUGAAAGAGUAGCUAUAGAUGCAAGACCCUGCAUGGCCAAUCAAGUUCAUCACCUUCGACUAGCUGUAUGUUUCUUUAAAAGAAUUAAAGGAAUCUUUGUUUUUGAGUUCAGAUUUGCUGCUGUUGGUAUGGGUUAUAGGUUUGGAUUUAGGUAUUGAUUAUAGAUAAUUGGAGUAGUUCAGUUAAACACAUAUGUGUCUUAUCAAAAAGAAAGGUUUUGUUAACUGAUCAUUCUUUUUUUAUGUAUGGUAUAGAUUUCUACUGUUCAAUCAACAAAGUUUAGAUGAUAAAGCAUUAACCUUAGAACUAGGACUAAGAUUAGAUGAUAAUACUAACCUUCUUCAUUUGUUCAAUUUGGGAAAAUUCAAGGCCUGCUAACAAGGCUGGGCAUGUUUAAAUUGUUUUAUUAUAUUUUUGGCUUGUGAAAUGCAUGUAUACUUGCUAGCCCAAGUCAUUGAGAUUCUAGGCUGACAGUUGACGAACUGAAAUUUAUGUACCUGUAUAUCUCCUGGCCCUUAGAAAUACUGCAUACUUCUGUGAAGUAAAAUUUCUCUUUCAUCUAAUUUUAUUUGUUUGUAAUCUUAGCCUUUUUUUCUUUGUCAUUUUGAUUUAUUUACAGGGAUGAUGGAGUAGACUUCAAUUGUGCAUCAAUUGUAUGUUUGGAUGAGAGGAAGGCUUGGAUGAGGAGUACUAGAUGUAGGUCUUGUUAGGAGAAAAUUGUACUAAAGAAGCUACUCCUAGUGGUAAAAGUUGAAGAAAUGCAGAGGAAAAUUGGUGAUGAUGAAUGUAUAGCUCUGUAUACAUAUGGAGAACUUGACUUGAAGGAUAAUUAGGUAUAGGAAUUUUGGUGUAUUAUUGUAAUUAGGCUUGCA